CACAGUUGAGUGCUGGCGGCUGAAAUAGCAACAGUGCCAUCUUGAGAAGACAAAAGGGAGUUGCAUCAGAGGAUCAGGGAUCAGGAAUCAAGAGCAAGGAGCAACCAUGGCAGUGGAAACGGUGCAGGAGACGCUGCAACAGGCGGCCAGUUCGUCGUCGGUGUUGGGAUUCAGUCCCAUGUUGACCACCUUGGUGGGCACCCUGGUGGCCAUGGCCCUGUAUGAGUACUGGCGCAGGAAUAGCCGGGAAUACCGCAUGGUGGCCAACAUCCCAUCGCCGCCGGAGUUGCCCAUUUUGGGACAAGCUCAUGUGGCCGCCGGUUUGAGCAAUGCCGAGAUCCUCGCCGUUGGCUUGGGCUAUCUCAACAAGUACGGUGAAACGAUGAAGGCCUGGCUGGGCAAUGUUCUCCUGGUGUUCCUCACUAAUCCCAGUGAUAUCGAGCUUAUCCUGAGUGGUCACCAGCACUUGACAAAGGCCGAGGAAUAUCGCUACUUCAAACCCUGGUUCGGUGAUGGUCUGCUGAUCAGCAAUGGACACCACUGGCGUCACCAUCGCAAGAUGAUUGCCCCCACUUUCCACCAGAGCAUCCUGAAGAGCUUUGUGCCAACUUUCGUUGACCACUCCAAGUCGGUGGUAGCCAGGAUGGGAUUGGAGGCCGGCAAGUCUUUCGAUGUACAUGACUAUAUGUCCCAGACCACCGUCGACAUCCUCCUGUCCACCGCCAUGGGCGUGAAGAAGUUGCCGGAGGGCAACAAGAGCUUCGAAUAUGCCCAGGCUGUCGUCGACAUGUGCGACAUCAUUCACAAGAGGCAGGUUAAGUUGCUGUACCGUCUUGACUCCAUCUACAAGUUUACCAAGCUGCGUGAGAAGGGAGAUCGCAUGAUGAACAUCAUCUUGGGCAUGACCAGCAAGGUGGUCAAGGACCGCAAGGAGAACUUCCUGGAGGAGUCAAGGGCUAUUGUCGAGGAGAUCGCAACUCCAGUUGCCAGCAGCCCCGCCUCCAAAAAGGAGGGUCUGCGCGAUGAUCUGGAUGAUAUCGAUGAGAACGAUGUGGGUGCCAAGAGGCGUUUGGCUCUUCUGGAUGCCAUGGUGGAGAUGGCCAAGAACCCCGACAUUGAGUGGAACGAGAAGGACAUCAUGGAUGAGGUGAACACCAUUAUGUUCGAGGGUCACGAUACCACUUCGGCCGGAUCCAGUUUUGCCCUCUGCAUGAUGGGCAUCCACAAGGACAUCCAGGCCAAGGUCUUUGCAGAACAGAAGGCCAUCUUCGGAGAUAAUAUGCUGAGGGAUUGCACCUUUGCCGACACCAUGGAGAUGAAAUAUCUGGAGCGCGUGAUCCUGGAGACCCUUAGGUUGUACCCUCCAGUACCUUUGAUUGCCAGGCGUCUGGACUACGACCUCAAGUUGGCCAGUGGUCCGUACACGGUGCCCAAGGGAACCACCGUUAUCGUGCUGCAGUACUGCGUGCACCGACGCCCCGACAUCUACCCCAACCCCACCAAGUUCGAUCCGGACAACUUCCUGCCCGAGAGGAUGGCCAACAGGCAUUACUACUCCUUCAUUCCCUUCAGCGCUGGUCCCAGGAGCUGUGUGGGUCGCAAGUACGCCAUGCUGAAGCUGAAGGUACUGCUGUCCACCAUCGUGAGGAACUACAUUGUCCACUCCACUGACACAGAGGCGGACUUCAAGCUGCAGGCUGACAUCAUCCUGAAGCUGGAGAACGGAUUCAAUGUCUCAUUGGAGAAGCGUCAGUAUGCCACGGUGGCCUAAGAACCUUUCAGACAGAACCCAGAACUCCGAACCCAGCCCUGUAUAUAGACGAUGAAUCCCGUUGCUUAUCCCGACCGAAAACCACGAUGACGACGAACCCAUAUAUAUCCGAAUAUCCGAACAACCGAAGAAGAACCCAGCACACAAGCCAGCCAGAGAGUCAACCUAUUUUUCUUUCGUUUUUUUCUCGUUUCUAUAUCUAAAUGGAUAAUACCUAUUUGUUUGUUGGUCUUUAGCGGGUGGUGCCCCUAUGUAUACCUAUAUACCAUAUCCUUUUAACCAACUUUUCAACGCAACUCUUUGUGCUCUUCACUUUUUUUCCCCUACUUUUUCAACUUCUAUCGCUAUCUUUAUUUUUUUUCCUAGCCAUGUAGUGUAAUUUUUUUUCUAUUCUAUUCUAUUCUAUUCUAUUCUAGUAUUUAUUAAGUCAAAUGGUUUGUAUGAAACCCAAAAAGUUAUGAAAAAUACAUGUACGUCAGGCAAGUAGCCAAUGGAGCUGCAAAAAAAAUGUAAA